AUGACUUAUUUGCCACUUUUCUUCGACGUUAUCUUUACUUUUCUUUUGGUUCUGGAAUUUUAGUUUUUUUUUUCUGAAAUUCAGUUAUCUAUUAUACUGAAGGCUCCUCUUCUUUUAUUUAGAGAUUUUUUAAACUUUGUAAUUGUAUUUUUUUUUUUUAUGCUAUCCCAAUUAUCUACACAUCCUUUUCUUCUUCAGGUUGGAUUUCAAUUUGAACAUCAACUCCUGUUUUUUCAUCUAGCCACUAUCUUAUUGUAAGCAAUGGAAUUUUCAAUAAAUAGCUAACAUAUUUAAUAUCAACUUCAGUAGGAUUAUCUCCUAACUGUUCAAAUGCUUAUCUUUUCUUUUCAUCUUCUUAUUCUUGCUGUAAAUUCAUAUCUAUAUUUUUUAUUAUAUUUUGUACGAUCUCUCAAAUAUUAACAUGCUAUUUGA